AUGUGGUCGUCGUGGUCGUUCCUGGAUUCCCCGUUGAGAUGUCGUGUGGUCGUUCCUGGAUUCCCCGUUGAGAUGCUCGUCGUGUCGUUCGCCCCGUUGAUGUCGUCGUGGGGUGAAGUCGUUGAGGUUAUGGUUCCGAUUUCGUUGAGAUGCUCGUCGUGGUCGUUCCUGGAUUCUGAUGUGGUCGUGGUGGUCGUUCCUGGAUUCCCCGUUGAGAUGCUCGUCGUGGUCGUUACAGGGGUCUCAGUUGAUGUGGUCGUGGUGGUCGUCCCUGGAUUCCCCGUUGAGAUGCUCGUCGUCGUCGUUCCUGGAUUCCCCGUUGAGAUGUUCGUCGUCGUCGUUCCAGGACUCCCCGUUGAAGUCGUUGAGGUUAUUUCCGUUGAGAUGUUUGGUCGUUUCCCGUUGAGAUGUCGUCGUGGUCGUUCCUGGAUUCCCCGUUGA